UUUAAGUAUAUUAUACCAAAGAUAGAAAAUUAUUACUCACCUCUUUUGGCACUCUCAACAUUUGCACCAGGGACUCCACACAAUGCCGCUUGGUUUAGCAAUGCACGGAAAAUGGGAUGGAAUCAGCAUGGCAUCACCUUCUAUACACACAUACAAGCAUGAAAGACCAGCAUACAGCACCCCCCAGCCCGUUGAAAACACACCAGCCAACAAUGAAUGCAGAAUGGUUGAACUACGAGGUGCCAAAGUCGCAAGUUUUUUUGUUGGCGGUGAUGAAUUUAUCUGCUUGCCACAAGCUUUUGACCUAUUUUUAAAGCACCUAGUAGGAGGUCUACAUACCGUUUAUACAAAACUGAAAAGGUUGAGCAUUUCUCCGGUAGUAUGCAACGUUGAACAGGUUCGAAUCCUCCGAGGUCUUGGGGCAAUUCAACCCGGCGUCAACAGAUGUAAACUUAUCACAAGAAAAGACUUCGAAACUUUAUACCAAGACUGCACUCAAGCAAGCCGGCCUGGCAGACCUCCGAAGCGCUAUCCGAUGCUGCCACCGACCGAUCUCAUGGCACACCAUCCUGGGAUAAGAUCUCUCAAUAGCACUCACGGCAUGCUAACGGCAUCAGACAUCAGUAAUCUGCAUAAACGAAUGAGAUUGGAACAGGAUGUUGAAAAACAUCUUCAACAACAGCAACACGAGAGAAGGGUUAGCGGAAGUCCACCAAAAGACAGUUCUUUGGUGCCGGGAAAAGAUAUCACACUGGCCGGUGGAAAUGAAAUUCAUCCAAAUGCAACAAAUUUGUAUUUGCAGGCUCAACAAGCACUACGUCAGCAAUACCAACAAGUUGCAACAUCGGGAUUACACAAUGGAUUGGACACCUCACAUGCAGCCGUGGCAGCCGCCGGAAUGAAUCCCGCUCUAGCUCCACUCAUGAUGAUGUCACAUCCAGCAUUGUUUUCUGGUGGGAUACCACCUAGCAUGCUGAACCAUAUAAAUCAGUUUGCUCAAAGUCAUGUCAAUGGAAACGCAGUUACGAGUGCAGCCGCCGCAGCAGCGGCACAAAUAGCGGCAAACGGCGGCACUAGGCAUCAACAGGCUGCUGCAGUAUAUCAGGUGGCAGCAGCUGCACAGUCUGCAGCUCAGGCAUCUUUGGCUGCAACUGGAACCUCCAAGUCAAAUUCCCCUAUAGACGAAAAUCGAUCAAGAAGCGCAUCUCAGAAAGACGGACCGAUAUCUAGUAAUCGAGAGGAAAGAAUGCAACCAUUCACUAGCAGUAUAUUUCAAAAUGCCCAGUCGGAUUCCAUGAAUGGUAUUGAUAGCGAAGGACGAGUAUCGCCAGUAAGCAGUAUAAGCUCUCCUCUUGAAGAUGAAAAUUUUAGCAACGGAAGCUUAUCUGGGAAUUCAGACAGCAGAGAUUCAGUAAAAUUCUUUGAAGAUAACGAAGAAUCGUUGAUAAAGGAUUUUCCUUCUUCGACGAAAAAGGAAGGUAGUGAUGCAGGUAUUACGUCUCGCCAUGAAAAUCAGGAAGAACGAUUUGAUGUGGAUGAUGUGACUCAAAACAACAGCGAUACCAAAAAGGCCACUAAUUCACUUCUCGCUACUGGAAUAACGCAAGUCCUUGCUAGUCAAGGAAACAUAUCAUCGAUGCAAACAUUGCUAACAAAUAUUCAAGGAUUACUUAAGGUUGCUGCUGACAAUGCCAAGUUGCAGGAGAAACAUAGUUCUUUUGAAAUGGCGGAUCUGAAAAACAGAAUAAAUCACGAAAAAGAAAUAAGAGGAAGUGUUGAACAGAAACUCGAAGAAAGCGAACGAAUUCGGGUUCUGAUGCAACGAAGACUGAAGAAAGAACGGAAAGUUAGGAAGCUGCUUCAAGAACAACUUAUAACAAUGCAGCAAAAGAUUGACAACAGGCAAAGCGAAAAACACGACGGGAUUGCAUCAGCGCCGAGUAUACCAAUCCGGGGCGUCAUUGGUAUGGAGAGAGAUACAUCUGAACCACAAUCUGAAUCACUGCCUCAAAGUCAGAAAUAUUUGUGUAAUGAAUUCUCUAGUUGUGAGCAAGUAUCCAGUCCUUUGACAGCCGAAACUGACUGCAAUUCAAGUCCAAUCGCACAAACUAUUUCAGAAGCCUCACCAUCGAGUAUGUCAAAUGAUACGUCCCAUUUAAUCUCAAGAGAAUGCGGGCCAUUCUCAUCACGUCAGUUCAUGAAUAUCUCAAGCUCCAAUAAUAACAAUAACAAGAAUACUUUGAUACAAUCUGUUAGAGAUUCUCCCUCGCCAACAUUAACAGGACAAGAACUAAGUGUGAAAGGAAUAUCUCAGAAAAAAGAUCUACCACUGCAGUCAGCUCAUCCUGGAUCUCACAUGUUUUUCAAAGCUUCUUUCCAAACUACAAUGUCACAAUAAAACUGAAAUUCAAGAACAAACAUUCAGAAAUUUUUUAAGUGCAAGAAGUUAUGUAUAUUAAUUUAAAUAAAAUAAUAAACAUGAAUUUGAAGUCAUAGACUCAUUAGAAUGGAAAUCAAAUAGCAAUCCGAAAAUAUUUAAAGGUAUACAGUCAAUGAUCAUCCACUUAAAUCUCAGCGAAAGGAUUUACUAAUUUUAUAAAUUUGGUGAACAUGAACUUUACAUCCUCCGCUUUGCCAUCUCACUGGAUGAGAUGAAAAAUUAUUAUCUUCUUAUGUACUUAGUUUUGCAACUUACCAGUCAACGCUUGAAUGAAACAUUGUAUAUAACCUAAUCUAAUUUUUAUCAUAAUAUUACAGAGUAUCUUCCAAUAAUACAAUAAGAGUAGGUCAUUCUUGUCUCUAGGGCGAAUUUAUUCCCCUAGCGCAGAUUAUUGUAUUUAGAUAAUUUUGUUUUUGUUUUUUAAAAAUGUUAUGAUUUCAGCUGUUAUAUUGCAUAAUACAUCCAAGCAAUAUAUAUGCUCCAUUAUUUGUUGACACGGGUCUUUGAUUUAUUUAUUAAAACAUUGAACUCUAAAUAAGAAUUUAUUUUACAACUCUCAUGCGCUCAUAAAACCGGUUUAUCAUAUUUAACAUUAAUGCUUUGGCAUUUUUAUCACAUUGAUGCUCAAAUCUAAAUAUGUAUUGUUAAAGGCAGCUUACGCCCUGAAUUGGUCGUCCUACUUUGUUAUAUCUCGAAUCCAUCCCAAUUUUUCCUUAAUUAAUUUUUGCGCAGUUCCAAAGUUCUUUGUACUAUAAAAUUUAUAUUAUAUUCCACCAAAUAAAAGUGAGUUAUGUGCCAUGACACUAAGUAUAUUUCAUUUUAUUAUAAUCAUUAAUUUAUAUACAAAUAUGUUUUGGUCAUUAUAACAUUUUAAAUGAAGAUUUACGAUCAAUUUAGUAAUAUUUGCUUCAAUGUAUUUAGUAAAGCAUAUGUGCUGGUCUAAGACGUUACUAAUUUUGUUUAGGAACAUUUUAACUUUUGUAUGUUGUUCAAAUACCAGCCAAUCCAAAUCAGAAUUCUGGUAUAUUCUAAGCAGAAAUAAUAUGAACAAACGCUUCAAUGUAUUAAGUAAAACAUGUAUGUUGGUCUAAUACGUUAUUAAUUUUGUCUAAAGACAUUUUAACUUUUGUAUUUCGUACAAAUACCACACAAUUCAAAUCAGAAUUUUGGUAUAUUCUAAGCAGAAACAAAUUAAAACGGUAUUCUGGUAUGUCUUGUAUCUAAAUAAA